AAAAUGUAUUCUGCGUCAUCCGAUGGUACGAUCUGUCUUGGUCCAUUGAAGUUCCCACCAAAAAUUCUUACGGCAUGUGUACCUUACUGUUUUUGAUUCGCUGCCCGAUCAGCUGAUCAGUUAUGGAGACUUCUGCCUUGAACGUGGCACACGAGAGGCAGAGACGAGCUGAAGCACUUUUAAAAGAAAGGAGGUUCGAAGAGGCUGCUGAGUGUCAUGAAAAGGUAGCUAGUCUCCUUGAGGAAGUUCGGGCACAGAUAGAAAACAAUUUAGUGGAUCUUCGUACUUCUAGUACCUCUAGUCAAGGUUCUGGUUUUUUCGUCAAUUCCCUUUGCUCAUUAGUUACUAGAGAGUCCUUGAUUCUUCAGAGGGAUUAUCACGAGAGACAAGCUGCAGUAGUUAGUUAUUUUAAUUACAGAAUGAAACAAGUACAAUAUGAGGAAUAUAAAGCAAGUCUGGAGAUUCAGCAGCGGGAUCUGCUGGGCAAACAAGUAAAUAAUCAGUUGGAGAAACCUAGUUCCGAUGUGCUUGUUCCUGAGAAGAUUGAGGGUUCCCUACGACAUGCCAUUUACAAAACUAUCGCAGAACAAGAUAGUCUUCUUGUUGGUCUGCUGUCACUACCGGAAACUGAUAGUCAGUACUUUAAACAUCCCAAGGAUUCGGGUGUUAUAAUAGAAGAGUUACGAUGUGUCAAUGGUCAACUUCGUUCUCUUGUAGAGAGUCUGCUACUUGAAUUAGAUUCUAAGGAGAAAGAAGUACGUCAUUUGAAUGAAAAAUUAAGGGCAGUGUCUAUAAGUCCCAACGAAGAGUCAUCUCCAGAGGAUCCAAAUUCCUUAGAUCUUGCAUCACUUCCUCCAUUAGUUCCUUUGGAUAUGCCUCUCUUUGAUUUUACGUCAUCGUAAUUCAUGCGCUUCUGCCUUUGCACCCAAAAAACUCAUUCAUUCUUGUGACAAAAAAGCUAAUUUGUAAGACUAUUUUAUCAUAAACAUAGUGAAAGAUCAUAAUAUUAGAUUAUAUACUCCAUACACGACGAUUUUAAGUUUAUCAAUCAAGAAUGGCUAUUGGGCUAUAAAAAAAUCGUUCCUUUCUGAAUGAUAUUGUACAAAGAAAUUCGUAUAAAAACUUAGUAUAGAGUAACAUUCAUCAAGACUGCAUCAAUUAACGUGCCCUUUACACGAUAUCUUUUUUUCGGUUGAUAUACAUAAAUCUAAUAACAUAUCAAUUUUAUCAUACUAUUCAUUGUUCUGUUUAUAUAGUUUUCCUUUUUGCACCGCAAUUAGCAGACAAGCCGAAUAAUUCUAGUUACUCAGGUCGAUAAGAUCUCUGUUGUUCUCCUUAAUUGUUGACACUGUACAGCAUCGUAAAUAGUCUCUCUGUCGAUGAAAUAGAAAUUUAUAUUCACUGCCAUUUUUAAAUCUCUGCUCCUACGUCAGCAGACUAAUUAUAAGUAGGCAGUGAUCCUUUUAUUAUUAUUAUACAUCAAUUCGAUCACAAUGUAAAUACAAUAUUAAUUUCAUCAAUCGAUAGCUAAUAGCACCUUUACAUUGCAAAAGAUUAUUUUAUCUCAUUCGAUGUAUCAUCGUGAUCUAUAACAGGUGGCUUUUUAUAAUUCAUAUAAGAAAAUAAAAGUAGGGAUUACGCUAAAAAAACACCUGAUCGCUAGCUGCACUUUUAGCAGAUUCUACGAGGACAAUCUUAGAAAAACAACCUGCAUUGUUACGUGUGUGGAAACUUGUGAAUAAAAUGAGAACAUUUUUUAUCUAA